GAUGCAGCCGGCUCUGCGCGGCCGGCCGGCCCCCGACAGCCCCUUCCCCGGCCCCUCUCCGGCAGCCGUCCCCGAGGCCACCAAGCCGCCCUACAGCUACAUCGCCCUCAUCACCAUGGCCAUCCAGAGCACGCCGGAGAAGCGCAUCACGCUCAGCGGCAUCUACCGCUACAUCAUGGGCCGCUUCACCUUCUACCGCGAGAACAAGCAGGGCUGGCAGAACAGCAUCCGCCACAACCUCUCGCUCAACGAGUGCUUCGUCAAGGUGCCCCGCGACGACAAGAAGCCGGGCAAGGGCAACUACUGGACGCUGGACCCCGACUGCUACAACAUGUUCGAGAACGGCAGCUUCUUGCGCCGCCGCCGGCGCUUCACCAGGAAGAGGGGCCUCCGGGACGCGCCGGGCGCCGAGGGGGACGAGGGGCGCAGAAAGCCCCCCAAGCCCCGCUCGCGGGGGCCGCCCGCUGCCCUGCCAACCGAGGAGGGGAAGGCGGAGGGCGGCUUCGCCUCGCCGAUGGCCGCCGGCCCUGCGCCCGGCGGCCCCCCCCCUGGGGCCAGGCAGCCCUGCGUGUACCUGCCGGCUGCGGCGCAGCCCAAGGGGCCGUUCUUCGCCAAGGAGCCGUGCUGCCCGCCGCAUGGGGCCCCCCCGGAGAGCCGGCCACCGCCCCCCCCCCAGCACAAGGAGACUGCCUUUGGGGGGCUCCCGGCGGCUCUGCAGCUGCCCCGGCCAGGUCAGUACCCGGUGCCCGGCGAGCGCCCGGCGCAGCACCGUGCCCUGCUGCCCGCCGAGCCCAGGGACCCCGCGCAGGACUCCCCGGCCCCCACCGCGUCCCCACGGGGCGAGCUGGAGUGCAAGGAGUCGGCGGCCCCCACCUUGGGGCUGGGCCAGCCCUUCGGGCAGGUGCCCCCCAUGUUCCCCGGCGCCCUCCUGGGUGGGGGCAAGCCCCCUGCGCCCUGCUUCCUCGACGGCGAUGGCUACAAGCAGCCGCCCGUGCCCGUUUUCGGCUCCUUCGGCCGCUCGGGGCCCGAGGCGCUGGGCGGCAGCUACCAGUGCCGGGUGCAGGCGCUGAGCUUCUGCGUGAACGAGCGGCCCUGCGGCACGGCGCUGGAGCACCUCCUGGCCGCGGCCCCCGCUGCGGCCCCCCCUGCCCCCCGCCAGACCCCCUUCGGGGCUGCGGGGCCACGGGCGGGCGAGCAGAAGGAGUCGUGGGGCGCCGGGGGCGCGAUCCCGCUGCAGGGGGGCAGCGGCUACCCCUUGGGGCUGCCCCACUGCCUCUACCGGACACCCGGCAUGUUCUUCUUCGAGUGACGGACUGGUCCCCCCCCCAGCCCCCCCGGAUACCGUGCGGGGAGCCCCAGCGGCGGAAUAAAGCACGUUCGCCCA